GCCACGGCGCUACGGCGCCCCGGCCUGGAACAACCAGCGAUUCCCAAUGGAGAUCAGCCCUGAGUUGCUGGCUGAAGUGGGGAUCAGCUUCGAGGAGCAGAGCGACCCCGUGGAAGGAGCGAGCUCCGGGCCUUCCGAAUUCUCCGGAUCUUUCAUGGAGCCGAAGCCAGAAUCUAUGGGCUCCAUCCGAGAGAAAAAAUUGAUUGACAUGAAGCAUUUGGAGGUGGAGAGUGACAUCAUCAGAGGUAUCAGCUUGCAGAAAACAUUGAGGAGCUUUGGGGCUGUUUGGAUGAAAUCUCAUCCCGGAAAACGCCGGGAGCGUUGGGAACGAUCCAUACAGGUGCAGCGCUUCGAUCUUUUUUUGUCUCAUACCUGGCUGACCAAUGGAAGGUGGAAGGUCCUGUCACUACUGCUGCAGUCCAGUUGGCCUAUCUUCUUGGUGGGGUGGAUCAUUGCUGUUCUGGCUGCAAUCCCCUUACAUUUCAUGGAAGAUUUGCCCAGUGUCCUCAGCUAUACCUGCACCAGUUUUGCCUAUGAGGGCAGCUGCACUCUUCGGGUCUAUACUCAUUACUUCGGGAUGAUGGGUGGGAUCCUGGGACUGUUGCUAGCUCCUUACAUCCCAAGCUUUCGCGAGAAGAUGUGUUUUCUCGACGUGGUAAGUAUUCAUCAGGCGGACCAAGUUUACAUGCAACGGGGCAUUUAUGCCAUCGGAGGUUUCCUCGCAGUCUCUGCUGAAUUGCAGAUAUUGUGGGACCGGCCGUAUUUCGAUCGGCUUUGGUGUGUCUUUGAGCUGGCCGCCUUUCGCACAUGCAAUCCACAAGGAAAGAUCUCAUUGACACCUCUCUUCGUGGAAGCCUGCUUGGUCUUUGGCCUGGUGGUGCUCUAUGCCCGGACGAGCCUCCAUUGGCUCUUUCCAGCCCUCAAUUGGCCAGAGGAGCUUUCAUACGCGCUGCAUGCAGUGAUUAUAUUACCCUUCCUGCACUACUGCCGUGGGAUCCUACACAAAAAGCGCCAAAUGAUCCAAGAUCUUCGGAAUUUCGAUUUGACGCGUGUGCAGUGCAGUAGCAGUUUCGACCGAGAUUUCAUUCAAGCCGGCAUUUGCAAAUGGUAUGGAAGCUCCGAGGCAUUCACAAUCUAUGUGAAGGGACCACUGGCUGAUGAACUGGCAGAACCUUUCUCCAGAUUUCGUGUACCUCAACCCUACUGGGCGGUCUUGGCGGCACCCUUGAUCAGUUUCGAGUUGUGCUGGAUCCUUGCCAUUAUCAACGCAGGAGCGUCAGUUCAAGGUGUUGCCUGGAUGUGUUGGAUACGGACCUCACAUGUUUUGCUGGAGCUGACUGAAAUCAAAUUCGUUGUCGAAGCCUGCGACUAUUUUGCAGAACCAUCCAACCUGAACUUGGUAAAAACAUCCUGUGUUUGGCUUGGGCUCAUUGCCAUGAUUUUUAUUAUAUGGCAACUGCAAUAUGUCUUGGAGGCUGCUGGUGAGCUUCCUGCCUUUAUGUCCAGCCUCUUGGUUGUCGUAAUCUUUAUUAUAUUCGUUCUUGGCGAGGUCAAUUUGCUCCCAGACAUGUGGAAGGCCAGGACAGCUUUCCAGGCUCAGAAAGCUGAAAGCUGA